AUAUUGUGAAUAGUGGUGCGUUCAGCACUGUUGUACUCAUUUACAGCGUCAAUAUUAAUUUGAAUUAGUAUAUUUAUAUUUAUUAGUUCAAAAAUUAUGUUAUUAAACAAUUUUGGUGAACCGGUGUCUUUGGAGGAAUUUGCAGAAAAACAUUUGGAUCGAAAGUCACCAUUAUUGCUGUCCAGCACUAAACUUUUAAACAAUUUUCCAGAGGAUUGGUGUGGCACUGUGUACACUACCCGCCGAAUUAUUAAUGAAUCUAAAGAACUUUUGUUGCUUAAAUCGACAUCACCAUAUCGUAUCGGAGAACUAGAAGAAAAUAAACCAACGGUGGUACACCUGCCGGAAGAUUCCCAUAUUACUGUAACUGCAUUUCCUUGGACCAAAGAAAAAGAGGAGCCGAAAUUAAUUUUUCUUAUUAAGGAUGAAUAUCUAACGCGGAUAUGUAUAGAUACAUUCACCAAAACUUUAAACAGCAUUAUAUCAAAUGAUAUUCUGCGAGGUUUUAUCAAGGAAGGAAUAGAUGUAGUUCACUUUAACGACAAGUUCGCUAUGGGCUCUAAUCCUAAAGAUCCGAAAAUCCAACACACUUGGUCCAGCCUACAUUUGUUGACUUAUCUCAUUCGUCCAAAAAAAAUAUGUGGAUUUUCAGAAACGACACUUCCCAAAUAUAUUACUCAGUGCUGUAGUAAACUUGAUAUUAAUAAAUGUGCAUAUUGAAUUUUGAGAAUAAAUUGUUAUAUUUUUUUGAAUAACUA